AUGUUAGAAGGCAAAGCUGUUGUUGGCGAGACUGACAUGCUUCAAACCAUGCAGCAGGAUGCACUUCACUUAGCUGCGAAGGCCCUUGAUAUCUUUGAUGUUACCGAGUCCACUGAUAUUGCCCGCUUCAUAAAGAAGGACUUUGACAGGGUGCAUGGACCAGGAUGGCAAUGCAUUGUGGGGAUGGAUUUUGGUUCAUUUGUGACCCAUUACCAUGGCUGCUUCAUCCAUUUCAGCAUAGGAAACCUUGCAAUCUUGCUUUUCAAAGGUUUGGGAAGAGAAGUUGUAUCCAGCCCUGGAGAUUGUUGAUGCAUAAGCUUUGUAGUAUAUUUAGCUUCCAUAUUUUCAUAUUUGCUGUGUCAGUAAGGGAAACAGCAGUAGAAGAACAAAUACAAGUUUCAUGCGGUCCA